AUGAGUACCCUUGAGGGAUUGAACCCACAGGACAGGGCACACACAUUAUGGCAAGGUAACCCACCUUACCGUGCCCAGUCUACAACACUACGUCCAAAGAACAAAUCUUUGCACAUCUUCACUGCUCCCAACUUUGACAAGAAUAUGAUUGUGGAUCUUGCAUCCACUGCAUGGGCUAGUACCAUCCAUCCAAUGAGUGUUUUGUUUAAUCUUGGAAAACUCGUUCCUGCAAGGGACAUGGAUGAUGUUCUCUCUGACCGUGUAGGCUGGAUGACCUCUCUCACUCUCCGUUAUACUUGCUCAAAAGACCUUCUGGCAGAAGCCUUCUUUACUGACCCUUCCUCCCGCACCAAAGCAACGUCCAAUGGGUUGACCUAUCAGAACACCCGAAUCAUUGCUACACCAAGAUUGCCUUCUAACAGCCACAUUGUUAAGGUUAAUCUUUACCAUAUUAACACCUGCGAUCCUAGCACAGAUCUACUUGAGCCCAUCGAAAAUGCAUUCCGGCCUUUUGGCAAAAUCGUUCAGCUGAGAGCUUAUCUCUCAUACCGUGGUACUUUCCGUGGCAAAGCCACUAUCUAUUUAGACACCUCUAGACAAGAUGAAGUCCGCAGUCUCCCAAGCCGUCUCUACCUUGGUGGGUCUCUUUCCUGCCUUGCUGAGCUCUGCUCCACCAAUAUCACACCUGUGUGUGGAUACUGCCAAGAGGAAGGGCAUUAUCUAUGCUCCUGCACAAAACGUCCUCCCCGCGCACCUUGCUGCCAACAAUGCAGUGUUCUUGGUCAUGUCAUAGACAGUUGCGAGUGCCCCACUCAUCCAGACAAUAUUGAAGCCGAGCGGGCUAUCCAAGAGCAGCAGCAGAUUGCACUUGCUGAUACUGCGCCCCUUUGA